AAAGGAGACUCAGCUUCAUUUCCUGAUUCCAGUGAUGGCGGCUGCUGGAGUGAGAGAGGAGCUGAGCUGCUCUGUGUGCCGGGAGAUCUACACCGACCCUGUAACCCUGCCCUGUGGCCAUAACUACUGCCUGCGCUGUAUUGGGAGACAUUGGGACCGGCAGAGGAAUAUAGAGGAAGAUCUAUUCUGCCCUGUAUGUAUCCGGAGAUAUGGGAAACAGCCUGAACUGAACAGGAAUCUGACUCUGUCUAAUGUAGCAGAACUAUUCCUCCCUGUUGACCCACAGCAUGCCGACAUAUGGAUCCCCUGCACUUACUGUGCCCCCCCUGUGCCCGCGGCUAAAUCCUGCCUGCUGUGUGAGGCCUCUCUGUGUGCCAGACAUGUGCGGGUACAUAGCCGGGCAGCAGAACAUGUAUUAACUGAACCCACCGCUUCCUUUGGGCACAGAAACUGCUCCGCACAUGGGGAACUGCUGAGAUAUCGCUGCACUGAGGAUGGGGCCCCUGUCUGUGUGUCCUGCUGCCUGGCUGGGGAGCACCGGGGCCACAGGGUGGAGCUGCUGAAUGAGGAUAAUAUGGAGAAACAUAUUCUAGUGAUGGCGGCUGCUAGGCUGAGAUCUGAGCUGACCUGCUCCCUGUGCCGGGGCAUCUAUACCAACCCUGUAACCCUGCCCUGUGGCCAUAACUACUGUCGGGUCUGUAUUGAGAGACAUUGGGACAGGCAGAAGGGGAUAGAGGUGGAACGUUCCUGCCCGGAAUGCAGAGAGACAUAUAGGAGACGCCCGGAACUGAACAGGAACCUUCGUGAUAUAGUAAAGAGUUUCCUCCCUACUUGGAUCCCCUGCACUUACUGUGCCCCCCCUGUGCCCGCGGCUAAAUCCUGCCUGACCUGUGAGGCCUCUCUGUGUGCCAUACAUAUGUGGAAGCACAGCCAGUCAGAAGAUCACAAACUGAUAGACUCCAUCACUUUAUUCAGAGAUAAUGAUUGUUCCACUCACCAGAAGCCCCUGGGGUAUUACUGCCGGGGGGAGGAAGCCUGUAUCUGUGAGGAUUGUGUCCCGGAACACGGGGGGCACAGGGUGGAGAAGCUGGAUGAGAAAACUGUGCAAACCCUAAAAAGAAUGCAGGAGAGUAAAGAAAAAGAAAGAUUCCUUGAAGAGAUGCACCACUCAGAUCUGAGAGACAAACUGACCUGCCCCCUGUGCCGGGAGAUCUACACCGACCCUGUAACCCUGCCCUGUGGCCAUAACUACUGCCUGCGCUGUAUUGGGGGAACAGGGGGAGAGAAUAUGGUGACGUGGGGGACACCUUCCUGCCCUGAAUGCAGAUGGAGAUAUAAGAUACGGCCUGAACUGAGGAAGAAUGAGACUCUGUGUAACAUAGCUGAGUGUUUCCUGCUUUACACAAAGCCCAGGGCCCCCCCUGUACCUGCAGUGAUGCACAACUCAGAUCUGACAGACAAACUGACCUGCUCCCUGUGCCGGGAGAUCUACCCCUCUGUAACCCUGCUGCGCGGCCAUAACUACUGCCUGCGCUGUAUUGGGGGAACAGGGGGAGAGAAUAUGGUGACGUGGGGGACACCUUCCUGCCCUGUAUGCGGAUGGGAAUAUAAGAUACGGCCUAAACCGAGGAAGAAUGAGACUCUGUGUAACAUAGUAGAACCUUUCCACCUUUACACAAAGCCCAGGGCCCCCCCUGUACCUGCAGUGAAGCGGGUUUCACAUGUGACCUGCCCCCUGUGCCAGCUGAUCUACACCGACCCAGUAACCCUGCCGUGUAGCCAUAACUACUGCCUGCGCUGUAUUGUGAGAACAUGGGGAGAGCAGAGGAAAAAGAAUGAGAGUCCUUCCUGCCCUGAAUGCGAAGAGAGAUACUGGAUACACCCGGAACUGCUCAGGAACACCAAUCUGGGGAACAUUGCGCAGAAGGUCACUCUGAGGAACACUUUCCGUAUGGUUGUCUGCACUUACUGUAGCCACUCAGCAGAACCCUCAGCCGUACCAGCAACUAAAUCCUGCCUGCACUGUGCCGCCUCUCUGUGUGAGCGUCAUGUGACAGAGCACAGCCAAUCAGCAGAACAUGUAUUAACUGACCCCGCCAGAAGAUGCUCCGCCCACCAGGAGCUGCUGAGAUAUCGCUGCACUGAGGAUGGGGCCCAUGUCUGUGUGUCCUGCUGCCUGGCUGGGGGGCACCGGGGCCACAGGGUGGAACUGCUGAAUGAGGCUUCAGAGAAAAUAAAUAGUCAAGCCAAACUGAGCUGCUCCAUCUGCCGUAAGGUCUAUACCGACCCUGUAACCCUGCCCUGUGGCCAUAACUACUGCCUGCGCUGUAUUGGGGGAACAGGGGGAGAGCGGGGGCAGAAGGGGGCCAGUCUGUCCUGCCCCGAAUGUGGCGAGAGCACGAGAGAGAUGGAACUGAGCAAGAACCUGACACUGUGUCACAUAGUGCAGUUACUUCCGACUCCCCCUGAGCAGCCGGACCCUGCUGAACCCCCCGCUUCCUUUGGGCACAGAAACUGCUCCGCACAUGGGGAGCUGCUGAGAUAUCGCUGCACUGAGGAUGGGGCCCCUGUCUGUGUGUCCUGCUGCCUGGCUGGGGGGCACCGGGGCCACAGGGUGGAAAUGUUCCCUGAGGAGCAGGAGUAACUAGGAAGCGUUUUGGCAUCCUGGCUCCAGAUAUACAGAUAAUGAUGAGUGGGGCAUUUGAUUAUAAGGAUAUUAGCAGUCACUGAGGGGUUCUGUGGGAUAAUGUACCCCCUACUGUAAAUGAUAAGGAUAUU